AAAUUUAUCUUUUCCUUUACCGUUAUUCCAAAUUCCAAAAGUCCAAACAAUGAGUGGAAAAACCAAGAAUCCAAAACAGCCUUUAGUCUGCUUUUUUCUCUGUAUUUUCUUGGUGUUCAUACACAACGCCUCAAACGCCCAAGGACAGGAUCAGAUUGGGUUUGGGUAUCAGGUCAUCUCGUCGGCGGUUGACAGCUCCGGCCGGUCGUUGACUGCCCGGCUUCAGGUCAUCCAGAACUCAUCUGUUUUUGGCCCUGACAUCGUCAAUCUAAGCCUUGUUGCUAGCUUUGAGACAGCGGGUCGUUUGAGAGUGAAGAUCACAGAUGCAGAUAAUGAGAGAUGGGAAAUCCCAGAAGACAUCAUUCCCCGCACAACAAUUGCAAAUUCUUCCUCCCUAUCCCUCGCCCAGGUUGCAGUGGGAGAGAAUAAUCAGUCUUCCAUCUCCGACCCAAACUCCGACCUGGUUUUCACCCUUUACAACACCAUUCCUUUCGGCUUCUCCGUCCAACGCAAGUCCUCAAACGACACCCUUUUCGACGCCUCACCGGUGGCGGGUUCCAAUGAAACCUUCUUGAUCUUUAAGGAUCAGUACCUGCAGCUUUCGUCGUCAUUGCCGGCCAGCAGUUCGUCUCUGUACGGGCUUGGAGAGCAUACGAAGACCACGUUCAAGUUGCAGAGCCCGCAAACGCUCACGCUCUGGACUGCGGAUAUAGCCAGCUUCAAUCGCGACCUCAAUCUGUACGGCUCCCACCCUUUUUACAUGGACGUGAGAUCCCUCCCUCAACCUGGGGUCACCCAUGGGGUCUUGCUGCUCAACAGCAAUGGAAUGGAUGUUGUGUAUAAUGGCGAUAGGAUUACUUACAAGGUCAUUGGUGGCAUUCUUGACCUUUAUUUCUUUGCCGGCCCUACGCCUGAAUUGGUGAUGGAGCAGUAUACAGAGCUCAUUGGCCGCCCUGCUCCUAUGCCUUAUUGGUCCUUUGGAUUUCACCAGUGUCGUUAUGGUUAUGUGAAUAUUGACGAAGUUGAAGGAGUGGUGGCUGGGUAUGCAAACGCCUCAAUACCCCUAGAGGUUAUGUGGACAGAUAUUGAUCACAUGGAUGCCUACAAGGAUUUUACUUUUGAUCCUGUAAAUUUCCCACCAGAGAGGAUGAAGGCAUUCGUUGAUAAACUUCAUCAGAAUGCUCAGAAAUAUGUGCUCAUUCUUGAUCCAGGGAUUAGCAUAAACGACUCAUAUCCCACCUACACCCGAGGGCUACAAGCUGAUAUAUACAUCAAGAAGGAUGGUGUUCCAUACCAGGGACAAGUCUGGCCUGGAAAUGUAUACUUCCCGGACUUUGUAAACCCAGCAACCACCACCUACUGGAGCAAUGAGAUCAAGAUGUUCUGGGAUGUUGCUGAAUUCGACGGCCUGUGGAUCGACAUGAAUGAGUUAUCCAACUUCAUAACAUCUCCUUCCAACGAAUCCUCCUCGCUCGACAACCCGCCCUACAAGAUCAACAACUCUGGAGGCCAGAGGCCGAUCAACGAGAGAACUGUCCCUCCAACGGCGCUCCAUUUUGGCAACAUUCCAGAGUAUGAUGUUCAUAACCUGUAUGGGUUCCUGGAAGCCAAGGCCACAAAUGAGGCUUUGAUCAAUGUUACUGGGAAAAGGCCUUUCGUGGUGGGCAGGUCUACCUUUGUUGGGGCUGGCAAGUACACUGCACAUUGGACUGGUGACAAUGCUGCAAGUUGGGAUGAUUUGGGGUUUAGCAUUACAGGCAUUUUGAACUCUGGGCUGUUUGGGAUUCCCAUGGUUGGAGCUGACAUUUGUGGCUUUGCUAGAGCUACUACAGAAGAGCUUUGCCAACGCUGGAUCCAGCUUGGGGCAUUCUAUCCCUUUUCAAGAAACCAUGGAGAGAAGUCCAGCAACCACCAUGAACUCUAUCUCUGGGAAUCUGUUGCUGCAUCAGCCAGGAAGGUGCUGGGGCUGCGCUAUCGCCUCCUCCCAUACUUUUACACAUUGAUGUACGAGGCACACACCCGCGGUGUCCCCAUCGCAAGGCCGCUCUUCUUCUCAUUCCCACAGGACACCAACACAUACCAAGUUUACUCCCAGUUUCUCCUCGGCCAGGGGGUGCUCAUUUCACCGGUUCUAACUCAAUCUGCAGUCUCAGUAUCGGCUUACUUCCCAUCCGGAACCUGGUACGAUCUCUUCAACUACUACAACUCCGUGGCGGCAGAAUCAGGGAAAACCGUCACUCUCGACGCCCCUCUCGACCACAUAAACGUUCACCUCCGGGAAGGCCACAUCCUGGCCCUGCAGGGGGAGGCAAUGACAACACAGGCGGCCCGCAACACUUCGUUCGAGCUGCUCGUGGCUCUCGACAGCACGGGCAACAGUUCCGGUGAGGUUUUCUUGGAUGACGGAGAGGAAAUCGAGAUGGGCGGGGCCGAUGGGAGAUGGAGCUUGGUGCAUUUCCAAACCAGUAGAGUGGGAGCCAAUGUAACUCUCACAUCAGAGGUAACAAAUCCGGAAUUUGCAGCAAAUAGCAGUUUGAUCAUACAGAAAGUGACUGUUCUUGGAAUGGAUAAUAGCACCAACUCAUCAUCAUCUGGUGUUGUGGAGAUUACUGGCCUGAAUUUGCCUAUAGGGACAAAUUUUACUUUGGAGCUGAAACCACAGUAGUAAGAAUUGCAGACAAUCAUCAUUGUAGUAUGCUAAUGAUCCUUAACAAGGAUAAGCAGGAGCUCAGUAAACUAAGAUGGUUAGUUUAUUUAAUUUACCUCUUGAAAUCACUGUAUCGGAACAUUCUCAAUUAAUUAUUCCACCAAAGAAAGAGAAUAAAAAUUGGAGUAGUUUUUUUCAA